UGUACAUGUAACCGAAGCCUCCGGCCUCCCGAUAUAAAUUCUCGUCGUUUUCAUCCAUUGCCCCUCUUUCACAGUUUCCUCUUUCAAUCCCCGCAGACGAUUUACUCCUAUAAAUACACAUUUACAUACACAAAUAAAUCUCCAUACCAAUCGCUAGAAGCUUCUUCUCACCGUUGAUCCAGGUUGGAGGAGCGCGCAGCUGAGCGUGCGCCGUCUGAGCGCGCAUCUAAAGAGGAUUGCUGAAUUCGUUUCUAGUUCCCUCUUGGCUCGAGAUCCGAGCCAAACACGGAGUGUUUUCUAGCUAUUUGGAGCUUUCCCGAUAGGUUUUGUCAGUGAGCGACUGCGAAUGGCGUCAGGUGAGGGAUUUCUGACGGAGGAACAGCGAGAGAUUAUGAAAAUCGCGACUCAGAAUGCGGAGGUCCUUUCCUCUUCGCCGAAGUCUUCAUCUGGAUUGCUGUCUGAACAUCACGUGAAAGCUCCUGUUGGCGGUAAGGCGUCAACUGCUGGGAUUGCGGUCAGACACGUAAGGCGCUCGCACUCAGGGAAAUAUAUAAAAGUUAAGAAAGAUGGAGGUGGUGGUAAAGGCACCUGGGGGAAGCUACUUGACACUGGUGGGGAGGCUCACAUUGAUAGAAAUGAUCCCAACUACGAUAGUGGAGAGGAACCGUAUGAGCUUGUUGGAUCUGCUGUUUCUGAUCCAUUGGAUGAGUACAAGAAAUCAGUGGUGUCUCUUGUUGAGGAAUACUUUAGCACCGGUGAUGUGGAUGUUGCAGCAUCUGAUCUGAGGGAACUCGGUUCGGUUGAAUACCACCCCUACUUCAUCAAGCGUCUUGUCUCCAUGGCAAUGGAUAGGCAUGACAAGGAAAAAGAGAUGGCUUCUGUCUUGCUCUCGGCCCUUUAUGCUGAUGUCAUCAGCUCGGCCCAGAUAAGCCGAGGAUUCUUUAUGCUUCUCGAGUCUACCGAUGACCUGGCAGUGGACAUACUAGAUGCUGUUGAUAUCCUCGCUCUGUUCAUAGCUAGGGCCGUAGUGGAUGACAUCCUCCCUCCAGCUUUCAUUGCAAGGGCAAGGAAAAUGCUUCCGGAAGCCUCCAAGGGAUAUCAAGUCUUGCAAACGGCUGAGAAGAGCUAUCUCUUGGCGCCCCACCAUGCCGAACUUGUGGAGAGGCGGUGGGGAGGCAGUACUCAUCUCACCGUUGAGGAGGUGAAGAAAAAGAUUGCUGAGCUUUUACGUGAAUACAUUGAGAGCGGAGACACCAAUGAGGCUUGCAGAUGCAUUCGGGAACUAGGAGUUUCGUUCUUCCACCAUGAGGUUGUGAAGAGAGCUUUAGUCUUGGCCAUGGAGAUCCGCACCGCGGAGGUCAUCAUCAUGAAACUUCUCAAGGAGGCUGCAGAAGAAGGCUUGAUAAGUUCAAGCCAAAUGCUGAAGGGUUUCUCACGUUUAUCCGAAUGUCUAGACGAUCUCGCCCUAGAUAUACCUUCUGCGAAAACACUGUUUCAGUCCAUUGUCCACCAGGCAAUCUCUGAAGCAUGGCUUGAUUCCUCUUUCCUCAAAUCUUUGUCAAAUGAAGACGGGAAGGUCCAUGACGCAGACUAUGAAAGGUUGAGGAGAUACAAGGAGCAAUUCGUCAACAUAAUUCAUGAAUAUUUCCUCUCUGACGACAUCCCGGAAUUGAUCCGGAGCCUGGAGGAUCUCAAUGCGCCGGAGUACAACCCAGUCUUUCUGAAGAGGCUGGUUACCCUUGCAAUGGAUAGAAAGAACAAAGAGAAAGAAAUGGCAUCAGUUCUGUUAUCCGCACUCCACAUUGAGCUCUUCUCAACAGAAGACAUAGUCAACGGUUUUGUGAUGCUUCUGGAAUCUGCAGAUGACACCGCCCUCGACAUCUUAGACGCAUCAAACGAGUUGGCCCUUUUCCUGGCGAGGGCAGUGGUCGACGAUGUCCUUGCCCCGCUGAAUUUGGAAGAGAUCGCUGGCAGGUUGGAGCCGAACAGCAGUGGGAGCGAGACAGUCCGCAUGGCUCAAUCUCUGAUCUCUGCACGCCACGCUGGGGAGAGGAUCCUGAGGUGCUGGGGAGGCGGGACCGGUUGGGCCGUGGAGGACGCUAAGGACAAGAUCAUGAAGCUCCUCGAGGAGUUUGAAAGCGGGGGUGUAAUUAGUGAGGCUUGUCAAUGCAUACGCGAUCUCGACAUGCCCUUCUUCAACCACGAGGUGGUCAAGAAAGCUUUGGUUAUGGCUAUGGAGAAGAAGAAUGAUGGGAUGUUGGACCUGCUACAGGCGUGCUUUGAUGAGGGUCUGAUCACCAUCAAUCAGAUGACAAAGGGAUUUGGGAGGAUCCAGGAUGGGCUGGAUGAUCUGGCACUGGACAUUCCUAACGCAAAGGAGAAGUUUGAGUUUUACGUGAGCAGUGCCAAAGGAAGAGGAUGGCUCUUGCCUGUCUUCUGAUGUUGCUCGGCACCCCCCUUUUGUGUCUGAUUUGCUGGUGGGAUGAAUGCAGUUGGCUUCCUUCUCUUCCAUUCCGGUGUUUUUUUUUUAUCUGAUGGAGAUUUGAUAGAUGUAGAAAAGAAGUACGGACUUGUUGUUCAUUCCUUCUUUUGGGACAUUUCCUAUGAGAGGACUAGAGGAGGCAUCACACUACAUUUCUUUGUUCUCGUGCAUAUGGAUUAGCUCUAGUGAGACAUGAGCUCUCAUGUCUUUUGCAAUCACCUUUUGGUGUCCUUGCUUCUUUGCUCCCGUAGUCCCGUGUGUGAUGACAACUUAUGGUUUACCCCAUCCCCCGCUCAAUAAUCCGUCUGUUCAUGGCUAUUGAAUGCGUGUUGCAGAUAUAGCUUUGAUUUUAUACAUGUGCUCUUUUUUGUUAGCGGCUGCAUGCAUGUGCUUUUUUCUUUCAUGGAUUUUUUUUUCUGAAAAAUUUAGCUGUUGUUUUGAAACAAUAGGAUUGAAUGGAAAAUGCUACGUGCAGUAACAUACAAACAUAUAAAAAUACUUGCAAACAUAUGUAAACGUGAUGUGAUGUGUUAACUAAUGUGGUGUUGCCACAUCCUUUUUGUAAGAGCUUUU